AAUCUUACCGGAUGUUGGAGAAGCGGGAGAUUGGAAGACGUAAACAAACUUUUUGUUAGCGAACAUUUGUGAAAAUGCUGAAGAAGGCGCCCAAACUGAAACAUAUAAUUAAAGCGAGAACAAAGAGUAACAUAAAUGUGAGGCCGACAUCAGAAGCAAUGAUUGAACUCCUAGCCCUGGUGUUUAUGAGCAGCCUGGCUGAGGAGGCGAAGGCUAAAGCUUUUGAAGAGAAAUCUGCAACGAUCAGAGCUCACCAUCUGCGAGCAGCCUCCAAGAAAAUGCUGAAAAAAGCAAGAGGCUGAACAGCGGAGUGUGUCAUCAGCAUUUUCAUGAAGAUCAUCAGUAAGCGCAGCAUUAUUAUUUUUUUUCCUUUCUUCAAGGGUGCAUUUUAUGCCCUUUUUUGGACUGUAUCUAGUGGAGAAAGAGACAGUGCUGGACAAACAAUGAGAUACAAGAACUGGUCCGUCUAUUCAGGAUUCAAACUGGGGACUUGCUGCUCAUGGCAUUGGCACCCUUACUGCUUGGUUAUCUGGUCGCCCUUAUGUUUGCUUUUUUUUUAAUAUAUAAUUUGUUUUCUUCCAAAAUUUCCUUUUCAUGUUUAUUCUAUUCAUUGUGUAUCUGUUUUCCUGUUAAAAUAUUUGUUGUUCUUUUUAAUUCUUGUGAAUCUUAUAAUUGCUUAUAUUGUAGACCUGUCGGUUCUAAAACUUACUAAACAUUACAGCUUGCUCAUGUCCUAAUGAUAUAUAACAAUAAUGACUCCUGCCAUCAGGUCAACCCUCACAUUAGAACUUGUACAAAAAAUACAAUAAACAGACUAUGUACAAUGGCAAAA